AUUUGUGGAACACCCUUCUUAAAAAUAAAAUUGUUUACUUUGCAGAUUUUUUAAAAAAUGGAUUUGACGAACCAUGGACUUAUUCUACUGCAGCAGUUAAACGCGCAGCGAGAGUUUGGUUUCCUGUGUGACUGCACGGUUGCCAUCGGCGAUGUGUACUUCAAGGCACACAAAUCAGUUCUCGCUUCCUUCUCCAAUUACUUUAAGAUGUUGUUUGUCCAUCAGACCAGCGAAUGUGUCCGUCUGAAACCCACUGACAUACAGCCUGACAUAUUCAGCUACCUGCUCCACCUGAUGUACACCGGGAAGAUGGCCCCACAGCUGAUCGACCCUGUGCGCUUAGAGCAAGGGAUCAAAUUCCUGCACGCCUACCCCCUCAUCCAGGAGGCCAGCCUCGCCAGCCAAGGCACCUUUUCCCAUCCUGAGCAAGUCUUCCCGCUGGCCUCAUCUUUGUACGGCAUUCAGAUCGCAGCUGGUGAGCUGAGACAAGCCACGAAGAUGAAUUUAGGGCCUGAGAAACUUGGGCGGGAGCCUAGGCCCCAGGCAUCCAGGAUGAACCAGGAGCCAGUACCAGAGACCUCACAGCUGUCCCAGCUGACUACAAACCUGGCCCAGGUGAAUCGGACAAAUAUGACUCCUGCCGACCCCCUGCAGACUUCGCUGUCACCCGAACUUGUCUCCACACCUGUUCCUCCCCCUCCCCCCGGGGAGGAGACCAACCUGGAGGCUUCUUCCUCCGAUGAGCAGCCCUCGUCCCUCACAAUCGCCCACGUGAAGCCAAGCAUCAUGAAGAGGAACGGGAGCUUCCCCAAGUACUAUGCCUGCCACCUGUGCGGCCGGCGUUUCACGCUGCGGAGCAGCCUGCGAGAACACCUGCAGAUCCACACCGGCGUGCCCUUCACGGCCGGCCCCCCUGGGGAAGGCCGUGGGCCUCUGUCACUCUGCAGCAAUGCGGCCGACCUAGGCAAGGAUGCCCUGGAAGUGCCCGAGGCGGGGAUGAUCAGCGACAGCGAGCUGCAGCACAUCUCCGACUCCCCCAUCAUCGAUGGACAGCAACAGUCGGAGACACCACCGCCCUCGGACAUUGCCGACAUCGACAACCUGGAGCAAGCGGACCAGGAGAGGGAGGUGAAGAGGCGCAAGUACGAGUGCACCAUCUGCGGCCGCAAGUUCAUCCAGAAGAGCCACUGGCGUGAGCACAUGUACAUCCACACGGGCAAACCCUUCAAGUGCAGCACCUGCGACAAGAGCUUCUGCAGGGCCAACCAGGCCGCGCGCCAUGUGUGCCUCAACCAGAGCAUCGACACCUACACCAUGGUGGACAAGCAGACGCUGGAGCUCUGCACCUUUGAGGAAGGCAGCCAGAUGGACAACUUGCUGGUGCAGGCCAACAAGCCCUACAAGUGCAACCUGUGCGAUAAGACAUUCUCCACGCCCAAUGAGGUGGUCAAACACUCCUGCCAGAGCCAGAACUCAGACGUGUUUGCCCUGGACGAGGGGCGGUCAGUCCUCCUGGGAGGUGGAGACUCAGAAGUAACUGAACAAGACCACCCGGUGUUAGCGUCCAUCAAAAAGGAACAGGAAACUGUGUUACUAGACUGAAUAGUACUUGUCUUUUUAAAAACUGUCAUUUUUACAAAGAAUCUUCUCCCCACUCGGCACAGUUUCUCCAUGGCAUGAUACAAGUGGGCCCCACUCCGUGCCUGUCCCCUUCUCCCAGCCCCAUCGCUGAAGGCUUUGUGCAUUAUAAACCUGGACUGUAUUUACUUAAAUUCAGGGGAUAUCGGAAGGAUAAUGGUCGGUAGUGCUUAUAAAGAAAUAGGUUUUGAGAAGUUUUAGAUUAUUUUUAAAAAACCUACUUGGAAUUAAUUAAGAGUAUAUAAUAAAACAACUAGAAUAUAAUUUGGUAAGCUAAAAUUAUGACUGUCCCUGGGUAAUGAGUCUUCCUUCUCAAAGAAAGAGGGAAAUCCAGCAUGCUUCUUUGCGGUAAAGCCAGGCUCUGCUAUGCAAAUCUAGAAGGGGUGGGGGAACUUGAAACCCGAGCGGAUGUUUUCAGAAUGUAUCCUUCGAGAUUAUGUCCAGUUAAGGAAAAUCACUAGUUAAGAAAUCGACUUUGACAAAUGCAAAAGAGUAAUAAUGUGAUGGCAAUCUUCAUGAUCGGCUAAAACCUGACGGGCUAUGAGAGUGUGUGAGCGGACGAACAGAUACGGAUGCUUGCUGCAAGCAGGGGGCGGGUUCGAUGCACACGCCUUACCUGACUGCUGGCUUCAGUCCAAGCUGCGCAAGAAGAUGCUGUGUUUUGGUUUCUGACACGCUUGUUUGAAAAUCAGAUUUAAAAACAUGAUUCUAUAGAAUGUCUUUCUGAACAGCAGAUGGCUUGCCACUCCCCAGCAGGUGCUAAUGGUGAGCUUGUGUCAGCGGCAGGCAGCUGCCUGUAAGAUCAGUGUGUGUGCUGCGAGGAAAGAGCCACAGAACUACACGUAUUACAAGGGAAGUUGGGAGCAGAAAGUAUAACGUUUAAUGAGUGGAAAACUUGAUGCUGCCUGGUGUGGUGG